GACUUGGUAGUGAAGUAUCCUCCAACUUUUAAACCCGGUAGUAAAAUACCUUCAAGAUCAAAACCAUGAAACUUUCUCUAGCAACAUCUUUCAGCAAUAAUUACAACUGGAAGCUUGGAUAAUGAGACACCUCACGGAGCCUUGGAAAUGGAACGUUCAGAUCUUGAAACACAUCGAAGCAAGUGCCAUGAAGAAAUCGAGAAGUACGUGAAGGAACAACAUAAUGCUGGCGGCGACAUUUGUCUUGCUCGGUUUCUAGCUGAUAAACAAGGGUUUGUCGCUGAAAAUUCAUCAAAAAUAAGUAACUACAAGGCAUUUUGGAGACACUCUUUCGGACGUAUCGUCAAGAAACUCGGUGUCAGAACGGCGAAAGGAAGAGCCAACUGGAAAGCAAUAGAAGCCAGUAUCAACAAAGAAGGUGAACCAAGUAGUUUGACAUCAUCAGCAUCCAAAACGCUAUCUGGAACGCCAUUGUCUGCAAAAGUAUUGGAGUAUGUCAACGAGAUGUAUAAUAGCAAGCUCAAGUAUCCAAAAUGGCAGUUAUCGACCGGAAAGAUCGUAGAAGACACGAUGCAUGCGUUUGCCAAGGAAUGUCUAUAUGAACACUUUUCUCUUUCAUUGAUCUUAGACAUCAGUGAUCCUUGUUGGAAAUCGUAUUUCACACCUGCUGAAAUGGUAGAGCUACGCACGUACCAUAAGCCCGAGCUCAAGCCGUUGCCAAAAGAAGUAAAAGAAUACCUGGACAAGUUCUCCGGUGUUUACGAUCUCAACAAGCUUAUUGAUAUCCAUAUGCAAAAUCGCUUCCACCCAUCUCAAGCUGAUUUGCAUUGGGUUGAAAAGACAAUUGGUGACAUCUUGGAUCUAUACUAUUAUAGCUAUGAUGUUGACAACAAAACGGAAGCCGAUCUGGUUCGUCUUGUCACUGUGUCUGGAUAAUCUCAACCAACAGCUGGAGACGAAUAACGAGCCUUUGGAGAUUGAAAAGUGGGUCGGCAAUGCUUGGUGGCUGGAUGCGCCAGAGAGACGUAUCAUGUAUCGAUGCAAGGCACAAAGUGUCGUUGUGUCGUCGACGGCAACAUCAAGUAGUAGUAGUCAACAACAACAACAGCAGCAGCAGCAAUUGGGUAAUAUCAUCGUGUGGGAUCAUGUGGUGCUGGUCUUAUUGCCACCCGUCUUGUCUAAUCCAUUUCCUAUUGUUGUUUGCAUCGUUCCACCACAUCAUCAUGAUACAACGGCACCAGCGAUAGUAACGCUAGCGCAUCCACCGCAUGGGAUCACUUAACGAGUCCAGUUAGAUGCACCACAAAAACUGGUUGAAGCCAUUGCU